CGUUAUAAUUAGUGAUCUGUAGCCUUGCAUCAUUAACAUUGUCUGUGCUUUCUGCUGUGUUUUGAAAAUUUGGUGUGUUAUAAUUGCAAUUAUUUCAUACAGUUUAUUGAAGCCUACCUAGAGUAGAAUACCUAUUACCUGGUAGAAACCAGAAAAUGUCGAAGCGGGCGGCAUCGGUUACUUUUGAGGAAUCUGGACAAAGUAAAAAGUCUGAUAAAAAAGAGGGCAAGAAACAUUCCCUAGACUCUGAUGAAGAGGAUAGUGCAGCAGAAGAGGAACAGCAAAAUGUUCUUAACGCUGAUGAUAUAGAGGGUGAAGAAGAUGGCACCGGCGGUAUGGAAGGUGAAAUCACCAUAACUCCAUUCAACAUGAAAGAGGAAUUGGAAGAAGGGCAUUUUGACACCGAAGGACAUUACCAUUGGAAAAAAGAAAAAGAGAUUAGAGAUGGUUGGCUUGACAAUAUUGAUUGGGUAAAAGUGAAAGGAAGGCCUGAAGAUAAAUAUAAGAUUUUCAAAGAUGAACAAUCAACAUCAAAGGGCAUUUUUGAUGAUUCAGACAGUGAUGAAGAACAACCAGACGAGAAAUAUGAUAUAAUUGCAAACUACCAGGAAAUUAUACUGUUCAUGAAGCCAAAGGAGACCAUUGCCAAAACCUUGCAACGUCUUGGUGCAAAUUCAAAAAUUUCAAGUGCUGAACGAUGGAAGAGAAAAAAAGCUGGAAUAGUUGAUGAGAGUAGCAAGUCAGUAACCAGAAUUACUGAACUGGCAAAUCAAAUUCUUACUAAAGAAGGUAACAUGGAUAUAUAUCAAGAGACCUACGAAAAAAUAAGUGAUAUACUUGCUAAAGAGAAAUUUAAGAAAGAUGAUGCUCAAUUGGACAUGUAUGCUGAUGAUUUUGAUGAGAAGGAAAAAACCACUAUUGAUAAAAAAGAUCAGGGUGAAACAAAAGAAAGUUCUGAUAAGGAUGAAACCCAAGUAUUGAAAUGGGAAUUUAAAUGGACCCAAGAUAACAAUGCUGAGAUUUCGGGACCUCAUACCACAGAGCAAAUGCAAAAGUGGGUUGUAGAGGGUUAUUUUAAAACUGGAGUAUGGGCUAGGAAGUGUGGUGAGGAUACACAGUUUUAUAGCUCAAACAGAAUCGACUUUGAACUUUAUAUGUAGUUAUCUACUUUUAAAACAAAAGGAUACACAUUUGUACAGAAUAUUUUUUUGUCUUAUAAUGUUAAAGUAAAUAAUUUAAAUAGUUUCAUGUUUUUGCAAUUAAACAGAAAAAUGUAAA